AUGGUUCCGUACCCUAGCCGUACCCUAUUCAGCCAAGUUAAUGAGAGGCAUCAGUGUGGACAAAUUAUCGUUGAAGAUAUUGACUGUUAUGGUCUAGCCAUGGAUAAAAAUGGAUAUCUUUAUGUUUCUGACACUAAAAAGCAUGAAGUAAGACGAUGGAAAAUAGGAGACAAGAAUGGAACAAUUGUAGCAGGCGGAAAUGGGAAAGGAAAUAGUUUGAGUCAACUCAAUGAACCUACUUAUACCUUCGUUGAUCAAGAUUGUUCAUUGUAUGUAUCAGAUUGCUACAAUCAUCGUAUAAUGAAAUGGUUCAAAGAUGCUAGAGAAGGAAUUGUUGUUGCUGGUGAAAAUGGCCAACGUGAGAGUUUGAGUCAAUUGUCAUAUCCUCGUGGACUAACUCUCGAUCAGAUUGGUCAAAUAUAUGUGGCGGACUCGGACAAUCAUCGAAUAAUGUGUUGGUUUAAAGGAUCUAAUGAAGGAACUACUAUUGUUGGUGGAAAUGGAAAAGGAGAACAAUCAAAUCAGUUGAAUGAUCCUUUUGGUUUGUCAUUUGAUCAAGAAUAUAAUCUUUAUGUUGCUGAUUGCGGAAAUAAUCGAAUACAAAAAUUUGAAAUAAAUUAA